AAAUAAACAAAAUUUAAGAGCAGAAUUAAUGCUGAUCAAAAGCAAUGCAAAAAUGCCUUUAUAACUUUUGUUUUCAAUUUUCGAAUUUUUUGAUAGCAACAGCCGACUUAGGCUCGAACUCAUUUGUGCAUUAUUUGCUGCUGCUUGUCGAAAGUGGUGUAAUGUAAAGUAUUUAAAUUUCUCAAAGGAAACAUGUAAUUGGCUGGAUAUGGAAUCGGGGGACGUUGAAUUAAAAAUGGCGUUUAAUGUUAUAAUUCUUCGUUGUGCAGCGUAUUUGAAAAGUCUCCGUAUUUGUUAUGGAGUUCCAAGCUCGGUUUUUGUUGGACAUUUUCACUUAUUGUCUUCUCUUACACACUUUUCUUUGGAGGAACCGAUUGAUGUUUUGAAUUUAAAUCAGAUUAAGGAGUAUUUAGCUCCUAAUCUUUUAUCGUUGGGCUUAGUUCUACAACCGGUUCGAUUUUUUAUUAAAAACAUUUAA